UACUUCCUUAUAUUAAACUCAGGUCUAUUCUGCGAACCUGUCUUGGCGUUCCUUACUAUCAGGCCAUUAAUGGCCAUUUUCGUCAAUCGCAUUUGACUACGUUUCUUCCUUCAAGUCAGCUCAUUUUCAGGCUUCUUAGAGCGAGCAUCGUGGAAUCUUCGCAUUCCGCGGUUUGUCGCUGUGACGCUAUUUUGUAGAUGAAGCGCAUCAGAACUUGCCGUCCCUAUGACAUCCAAUCCUCCAGAUGAGGCUAUACACUUUCGGGGGAAGACCCUUACUCCCGAAAGUCCACGCCCGCUUCACAUCCCAGAGCCUUCAAAUAUACCUGUUCUAGAGAACCAGAUGGACCCAAUCUUCAACGACACUUCGACAUACGAGAAGCUCUCUGCCUACCAGGAUGAUGAGCGACCCUCUCAGUUGGAAUUGGACAGUGAAAUUUACAAGAGCACCAACGAGGAUGAGAAUAGGUUACGAGAAGUGCUUCUGAGUGUGGCUCAAGCAUCAGAGACGGCAAAUGUUCCCAGUACUUUAGGUGCCCAGUCCGCCGCAGCGCAUCUACCACUUUCGGAUGAAUCAAAUGUUGCUCCGUAUCAUCAGAUGAGCGAGCCAAUUAGUGCAGAUCCCGUGAACAACAGUACGACUGCAUUGGAAUCUUCCCUUGUCAAUCCUGGCACUGGUGAUAUCCCGAGUAAAAAUGCAGCAGCCGAAACUGGCGUUGACUUUCAAGACCUGCUUGAUAACACCUCCCCAUCCGCCUCUACCGCACCCUCUGGCCCCGUGGUAACUGCGAUUACUUCAUCUCCCGCUGAUAAUCCCGGGUUUCAAGAACCUCAACAGUCUGUACUUCCUCCAAAACAGGAUCAUAAUUAUGCCUUAUCUGCAGGCCUCCCACCGCGACCACCUACUCAAGAGGUGCCAAAUCUGAACCCCAAUUAUUUGUCUACGGAAAAUAAUAGUGAAUAUUAUCCGGUUGGCGCCCAGACUUCGAAUAUGUCCCUCCAAAUAUCCCAGCCGCAAGUUCAGGAUCAAUACUCGGAUGUGUCAAGGUUUGCUCCUGGAGUGGUUCCAGGUACAACUUCAGGAUCGAACGGGUUACGCCCGCCCCCUGUAGCGUCAUUCCAGCAGCCAAACACUGUACAGGACGUUAGUGCACAACCAAACCAUAAGAGUUUGAGGCCUGAGAGGUAUGGCGCAAGGUCCGGGAAUUCUCCUGAUGAUGAAGCUUUCUGGGGGUCAGAAGUACAGAAGAUAUACGAUGAGUUUCUGCGUGAGGAGAGAGUUUAUGUUACCGAAGGCUUGUGGGACCGCUUUCCUUACGGUUCUAGACUCUUUGUCGGCAACCUUCCGAGUGAGCGGGUAACCAAGCGUGACCUAUUUCAUGUUUUCCACAAGUACGGGAAACUAGCGCAGAUUUCUAUCAAGCAAGCGUACGGCUUCAUUCAGUUUCUUGAUGCGGAUUCUUGCCACAGGGCUCUACAAGCUGAGCAAGGAGGCGUUGUGAGAGGCCGAAAGAUUCAUCUUGAAAUUUCGAAACCUCAGAAAAGCACACGACCUGGGGCAAACCAUCCUGAAUCGGCACGCCAGUCAUUAACUAGGCGAUCUAGAUCGCCACCAGACUAUACUCGUGGAGGGCCUUCCAAUAGCCGUGGAGCGCGCAAUCAAGGCAGUGACCGUCAUGAUCGCCCAUAUGAAACCAAGAGGGGAAGUUUCGGUGACUUUAGGGAUGAACACGGCCCUCGACGUCGUGAUGACUACCGACCGCCUCGGUCACCAUCACCACGCUCUUUUCGAAAUCGAGAUAGCGGAUUCCUUUCAAGAAAUCGAACUCCGGAUAGGUUCGAGCGACGUGACAGACGAAGGUCGCGGUCUCCUUAUAGUAGGGACAGGCGGCACCGAAGCCCUAGCCCUCGCGGUCGCUCGGGAUAUGACGGCGAAUCCGAAUCUGCUUCCUCGCGCCGUGCACCGAGGGAUGUGCCGGACUUGCAAAUUCUGGCCGCUGACGAUGUGGAUAUGAGCUUUGCAUAUCACGUCGAAAAUUCAUUCAAAACUCGAGGGCUCCGGACGAACAUAUUAGUGCUCUCCCGGAUUCCUAUGGACGUGGCAAUCCAAAGGCAAAUGGAAGAAGGCGUUUUCGCAGUGAUAAAACUCACGAGAAGCCAGCAAUUCUCUGGAAAGGUCACGCUUUUGAUAUUUGAUCGCACCACUGGGGCCAGUAGUAAGCCUCGCUCAAUCGAAUACCCGGACCUAGACCUGCACGUAGCAGUCGAGAUGACUGUUCAGAUGCACACAUUGCGUCGAGCUGGAACAGCUCCGAACUUCUACCCUCACAAUCCUUCCUACCCUUUACCUCUGCCUCUGCCGAAUCAAUUUCCUCAGCCGAUUCCUCUUGUACAACCAGGCACUGGAGCGCUUCCACAAACAAAUCAAAUCGCGAACCUCAUCCAGGGCCUUGACGGACCCGCAUUACAGUCACUGUUGAAUACACUUCAGCAGGCGCAGUCUGUUCCACAAGCAGCAGUGCCAUCAAUGCCCAUGGCGACGAACGGCUCCCAUCAAGUUGAUCUCGCAAGUCUAUUGAGCAACGCGCACCGCCAGCAGACUCUUGCGACAGCUCAAAACCAGGGAUCACAGUCUCGGGCUCCAAACCCCUUUGGCCUGCCUCAGCUGUCCAACGGUCCGGACCCAAAUCUUCUCGCAUUACUCGCGAAAGGAAGUGCGAAUGGAAAUUCGAUCCAAGGAGGCCAAGCUCCAGUUGGCCCUCAUAUGCAAAACAUUGUCAAUCAACUCGCUAAGUGGAAACAAUAAGCUCAUCUUGUUAUAUUACUUGGUUUAUAACCUAAAUCUACAAGCCCUUUACAUCCCCAAAUCAUGGCGUUAUAUUGUGUUGGCGUCUGCUUUAUAUGUUUUGAUUCUUAGAGCUUUCAUGCAUUUCAAACGGUUACAGGCAAGUUAUGGCG